AUGUCUCCUCCCAGAAGAAAGAAAACCUCUGUGAAAAUUAGUAAGACCUCCACAAAAUGUGAUACUCGUGCGAGUAUUAUUGAGGAGUCAUCUAAACGUGACGUAUUAGCAAGUAAAGGAAGUUUAGAACAAAGAUUUAAUGAUCAAAAAAUAAAAUAUAAAGAAAAACAACUUAGAAGAGAUAUCCUCAUUAACAAAUGUGAAAUUUCUAAGCUAGAAGUUAAGUUGGCUGAGUUGAAAAGAGAUUAUGAAGCUAUGCAAUUAGAUAAUAAUGAAAAAGAACAAAAAAUUAUUCUUUUGGAAAAUGAGAUUGCAUCAUUGUUAGGAGAUGGAAUUGAAGAUUUACAAAACGAACUCGAAUCAAUGAAUAAAAAAGUUAAUGAUUUAAUGAUAGACAAAAAUAGUGCAAUAUCACAAUACGUUUCUCUGAAAAAAGAACAUAAAACCUUUCAAGAUUUUCAUGAUCAACAAAUGAAAGAGCAAUUUAGUAUUGAAGAUACAAUUAGAAUACAACUCAAUAAGCUUAAACAAAAGAAUAGAAGAUUAGAAUCUUUACUUAACUCUGACGAAUCUUGUAGGGUUAAUAAUCCUUCUCAGAUUAUUAACUUGGAUGCUGCUGAAAUCAAAUCGAGUAGUUUGGAAGAAUUUUCUCAAAAUACUAUUAAAGGUUGA